UCCUCCUCCUCUCUCUCUCUCUCUCUCUCUCUCACUCACAUUUUCUCUGCUCUUUAAAUCACCGGCGACAUGCCACAAGUCGAUUUAGAAACUCUAGUAAGCGCCUGCGCCGGCGGUUCCAUAGACCGAAAAAUCGCCUGCGAGACCCAGGCCGAUCCUGACCGACCGGAAGACGACGACGACGCCAACCCCGACGAGCCGGUUUUACAUGCGGAUUUCCCGCCUGAGUCGUUCUGGCUCUCCAAAGACGCCGAGUACGACUGGUUCGACCGGAACGCCUUCUUCGAGCGAAAAGACUCCACCAAAGGAACCAACUCCAACUCCACCAACCUCCAUCCCAACUCUAACAACAACUCCCAGCGAUUCUCUAUAAACUUGAAGUCCAAGGCGUCGAUGAUUGGCCUCCCCAAGCCGCAGAAGACAAACUACGCCGAUACGAAGCACCGGAGGAACUGUAAGGCCGUCAAUGGGAGGUUGUUCCCCAAGAGAUCCGGAUCGGUUGGGAAAUCGACGGACGGGUCGAUGAUCGAGCCGUCGUCGCCCAAGGUGUCGUGUAUGGGGAGAGUCAGAUCGAAGCGCGACCGGAAGCGGCGGUGGAGGAACCGCCAGCAGCGGUCGAUCAACGACACGUCGUCGUCGAUGGAGAAGUCGGUUAAGCCGGUGGAGAGACGGAAGUUCGGGUUUCUCGCGAGUUUUCGGGGGCUGUUUCGACACGGGAGACGUGAUAAGUCUAAGGGUGAGAAGCACGCGCCGCUGUUUGCGGACUCGCCUCCGCGGCGGAGCAGCGUGGCGAGGAGGGCGGCGUUCGAUUACGAGACGGCGUCGUGCGACUCGCUGCCGAGGCAGAGCACGGAGAGCGAGCCACCCGGUAUUGGCGGGAUGAAGCGGUUCGUGUCGGGUCGGAGGUCCGGGUCGUGGGUCGAGGAGCACGGCAUCGACGUUGCGUAAAAGAAAGCGGGCCGGGCUCGGGAAUCGAGAUUUCUAGAUCCGACGGCGAUCUGUGGGGCCCCCGAGAGCGGACUCGGAGGAACGAAGCAAGGCGCGUGCGUGGUUGUCGUGAAUGGCAGGCAAUGUACGUUGAAACCUCCGUCAGGGUUUGAGGUAAAAAGGGUCGCAUUUUACCACAGUACCGUUUUCGAUACAUUUCGAUUUUCAUUUUAUCAGACUACAUAUGAGGUUUUGUAAAUAGAUAUGUUUUGCAAGUGAGCAUGCAGUUGUAAAUUUGCUUUGUAAUUUUGGGUAGUGAGAAAUGCCGGGUAAUUUAGAAGUUUUAGAUUGGUGUGAGAAUCAUUUUUUACCAUAAGAUAAAUAUAUGCAGACACCAGCACAGUGGUAAAACCUGUUUCUGUCAUGUGGUCUUGAAGGGAGGUUUUCUCGCCUACCGCAGUACAAGUCGAGUUGUCUUUACUCGCUUUUUAAGAUAUGGAUGCUUUUCUUCAUUAUUGUACUAAGGGGUCAUGAGAUGGAGAUGGAAAUGGAGACCUAACCUUUUAAAAUUA